UCCGCGCCCGCCGCGCGCUGCUGCCAUCCUUCCUGCAGCCACGGAAGGGUAGCUUCUCGAUCUCCCGGAGCCACGGAGAAUGGCACUGAGCCACGGAGAAUGGCACUGAGCCCCACCGGCAGCAGGAACCUCGGCGGCUGGGACUAGUUGGGCUUCGUACCCCUUUCCCUCGCCUCGCCGGGCUUCAGAGCCCGGAGCCCGCCCUCCCGCACGCCCCCCUCCUCCUCUCCAAGUGGGCCGACUUCAGGGGUCCCACCAGGGCAGGGUCGAGUCCGUCCGGACUAAAAAGAGCGCGGACUUUCCUUGUCUAACCUCCCUCCACCCCGUACAGACACACUCGAAGGUCGGGGGUCGCCAGCCCCUUGCCCUAGCAAACAGAGCCACGGGAGGCUACAAGGGGAUCUCGGGGUGCAGAAGAGAACGCCCGGGGCUGGGUUCCUCCGAGCGGGCGCGAUCGUCCACGCCUGCUUCCCAGACUUCUCCCCCAGCUCCCGGGUUUCGGAUGAGGAGUUCAGCGCGGCGGGAGGCGGACCAGGCGGAGCAGUGAGCUAAGGGAGUUGGAGUGGGGGGUGUGCUGUGCUUCAAUUCAGUGGCCCCCUUCCUGGCCCAGCUGGGGCAGUGAGUGGGGUAUCUUCUCCUGCCUGUCUCUGCCGCCUGCUUCAGAGGGGGUGGGGACAGAGAUCCCCCACCCCCUUCACCCCCUACUGCCACCCGGGCUGGAGGAAGGAGUCUUUCCGAGGGGGGGAGGGGAACCUUGCGAGCCUCGAGAGGACAGAGCAAGACAUGCAGAAAUGUUUUCCUGAUGAUGUAUGGUUGUGUGUAUUCGAACACUACAAUAAUCAAAGAAGUAAAGCUGCAGAUGACCCAGAAGGCAAUGGAAACACACAUGGUCAUCAAGAAUACCUCUAAAAUUAUGAAUCUGGAUGACUGGGAGGAUAGUAGUGCCCUCAACGGAAACAGAGAAGGCUGGAAGAAGGACCAGUUUAAGAAAAGAGAUGAUGAUCUAUUAGGAGCCCUUUCUUGGAAAUUGUCAGUCCCAAGCAUUUUCCCAAGGCACUGGAGCGGGGUGACACCUAGGAUGCCUGGGAUGUUGCUGCUAUUCUCCACUGCUCUGCUCUCCAGCUGUGUCCAGCUACUUGCAGAAGCUAACUCUUGGUGGUCUUUGGCCAUGAACCCAGUGCAAAGACCUGAAAUGUUCAUCAUUGGAGCCCAGCCUGUAUGUAGUCAACUGCCUGGGCUUUCCCCUGGCCAGAGAAAGCUAUGUCAGCUCUACCAGGAGCAUAUGGCCUACAUUGGGGAAGGAGCCAAGACAGGCAUCAAAGAAUGUCAGUAUCAGUUCCGUCAAAGACGCUGGAAUUGCAGCACUGUGGACAACACUUCUGUCUUUGGGAGGGUCAUGCAGAUAGGUAGCCGAGAGACUGCUUUCACAUAUGCUGUGAGCGCUGCAGGUGUGGUCAACGCCAUUAGCAGAGCCUGUCGGGAAGGCGAGCUUUCCACGUGUGGCUGUAGCAGGACUGCCCGGCCUAAGGAUUUGCCCCGGGACUGGCUGUGGGGUGGCUGUGGAGACAAUGUGGAGUAUGGCUACCGCUUUGCCAAAGAGUUUGUGGAUGCUCGGGAGCGAGAGAAAAACUUUGCCAAGGGCUCAGAGGAACAGGGUCGUGUACUUAUGAAUCUGCAGAACAAUGAGGCUGGUCGCAGGGCUGUAUACAAGAUGGCAGAUGUGGCCUGCAAAUGCCAUGGUGUUUCAGGAUCCUGUAGCCUCAAGACCUGCUGGUUACAGCUGGCUGAGUUCCGAAAGGUGGGAGACCAACUGAAGGAGAAGUACGACAGUGCGGCCGCCAUGCGUAUCACUCGGAAAGGCAAACUAGAGCUAGUGAACAGCCGCUUCAACCAGCCCACCCCUGAGGACUUGGUCUAUGUAGACCCUAGCCCGGACUACUGCUUUCGCAACGAGACCACUGGCUCCCUGGGCACUCAGGGCCGCCUCUGCAACAAGACCUCAGAGGGCACGGAUGGCUGUGAGCUGAUGUGUUGUGGCCGGGGCUAUGACCAGUUCAAGAGUGUCCAGGUGGAGAGAUGCCACUGCAAGUUUCACUGGUGCUGCUUUGUCAAGUGCAAAAAAUGCACAGAAGUCGUCGACCAGUAUGUCUGUAAAUAACCCGGCAGAGGCAUCACUCUUCUGGCUGCCCCCCCCCCCCACUUCUUCUAUUUCCUC